AUGGGGUGCGGCGCCAGCUCCGUGGCCGGCGGGGGCGCCAAGGUGGCCAAUGGCGAGGCCGCGCAGCAGGCGGGCAAGGCUCCCACCGAGAGCCCCGCGAGCGCGAGCUCGGGGACCAAAGGCGAGGCGGGCAGCAAGCCUGCCAUCAAAGAGACGGGGGACAAGGACAAGCUCAAGAAGCAGGCCCGGGAGGACAACAAGAGCUACACGCAGACCCUGGCCUUCCUCGCCAACGUGCAGUUGCUGAAGAGGCUGCCGAAGGACCAGCACCCACAGCUCGCAGCAGCCAUGGACAGGGCAGAGUUCCCCGCGGGUCACGUAGUGAUCAAGCAGGGUGACCCUGGCGCCGAGUUCUUCGUGAUCAAGAGUGGCGAGGCAAGAGUGGAAGUGACGACAGGCGGAACCACGAAUACGGUUGCGAAACUCAAGGCCGGCGAUUAUUUCGGGGAGGGCGCGCUCCUGCGCGACGAGCCUCGGGCCGCCACGAUCGUCGCAGAGUCGCCCCUGAAUACUUUCAAAAUCACGCGGGACAAGUUUCAGAGCUUAGGCCUGAACGACAAGCUGCAGUUUGCAGCCCGUAAGGCGGUCGGCGGUGGCCGUAACCGUGUUAUCGCGAAGCCCCCAACCGAGAAGACCCCCGAGGAACGGGCACUGUUCGCGGAGGCCUUGCGCAAUAAUGAGAAUCUACAGGCAACUGUGACGUUGGACGAUGACCGCAUCCAGAGGAUAUGUGACGCGGCUUGGAAGGAGGAAGUGGAAGAAGGCAAAGAGCUGAUCACAGAGGGCGACCUGGUCGCCGACUAUUUCUACGUGGUGCAGGAGGGUUCCUUCGAGGUGAUCGUCUCUGACGACGGCGACGAGGACGACGCGGAGGGCGUGCAGCACGGCAACAGCGUGGAGGCGUUGACCGCCUCCAAACCCCUUUCAAAGCCAGUGGCGGAGCUUACGAAGGGUGGUAGCUUUGGGGAGCUCGCUCUUCUCUAUCUCGUUCCGCGCGCCGCUACUGUGAAGGCGAAAGAGAAAAGUUCCGUGUGGGUCAUCGACCGCACGAACUUCAAGAGCAUCUUGAUGAAGGUGUCGGAUAAAAAGAUCGCGGAGUACGUGCGACACCUGGACCACGUGACCAUUCUAGAGUCGCUGCUGCAGGAGGAGAAGAAGGCACUGGCACAAGCUCUAGUCGAAAUGCACUUCACCAAAUCCGAGAUCAUCGUGAAGCAGGGCGAGGCUGGGAACACGUUCUACAUCCUCUACGACGGAGAGGUCAUCGUGACCAAGGACGACGUGGAACAGGUGCGGCUCACCGCCACAACUGGCGGCAAGGCACAGUUCUUCGGGGAGCGCGCUCUGCUCAACAACGAGGCCCGGGCAGCCACAGUAACGGUGAGCUCGGAGACAGCGAAGGCGCUCGCCCUGGACCGCGACUCCUUCAAUAUGCUCUUGGGCCCCUUGGAGGACAUCAUCAAGCAGAACCAGACUAGAACUGGCAAUCGGACAAGCCAGAUCAACAAAACGAACAUGAAGGCGGCAGCACUUGACACUGAGCGCAAGCGCAUUCGCCGCAAGGACUUGGCGCGGAUUGGUCUUCUCGGCUGCGGCGGUUUCGCCACCGUUGAGCUCAUGGAGCACAGAGUCACCAAAGAGACAUAUGCCAUGAAGUGUUUGAGCAAAGGAUAUAUAGUGCAGACUGGCAUGCAGGACAGCGUCAUGAACGAGAGGAACAUCCUUCUGAUGACGAAUUCCCCCUUUAUCAUCAAACUGUUCGAGGCAUACAGUGGCUCGCAAACGCUUUACUUCCUGAUGGAAGCUGCACUUGGCGGUGAACUAUAUGCCACCUACAACCGCAAGGGCCUGCACGGGAGCGAGAAGCACGCGAAGUACUACAUUGCAGGCGUCGUGUUGGCAUUCGAGCACCUCCACGAGCGCCACGUAAUUUACAGGGACUUGAAGCCAGAGAAUUUGCUGCUGACCGAGCAUGGCCACCUGAAGGUCACUGACAUGGGUUUGGCCAAGUUCGUCAUCGGCAAGACGUACACGACCUGCGGUACACCAGACUACUUUGCCCCAGAGGUCAUUGCUUCCAUAGGACACACCAACGCCGUGGACUGGUGGACCCUUGGCAUCCUACUCUACGAGCUGCUCUCGGGCGCCCCGCCCUUCGAGUCCCCCAACCCCAUGCAGGUGUACUCCAAGGUGAUGAAGGGCAUCAGCCGGAUCCAGUUCCCGAAGAAGUGCCAGGGCUCUGCCGAGGUGUUGAUCAAGAGCCUCCUGAAGAAGGAGCCGAGCGAGCGGCUCCCGAUGCGCCCCGGCGGCGUCAGGAACGUGAAGGAGAGCGAGUUCUACAAGGAUUCGAGGAACAAAUCGGACUUCGACUGGGGAGCGCACUUGAACGGGACUAUGGCGGCUCCGUACGUCCCCGUGGUGAAGAGCAAGACAGACAUCGCGAAUUUCUGCGCCAGAAAAGAGGACAUGCCGAAGUUCCUCGAGUACACCGACGACGGUUCAGGCUGGGACCAGGACUUCGCGACCGACGCCCCGUAGCGCGCCCUGGGCGCGCGAUGCCGCGCGCUGCCAGGCCGCGGGGCCUCCCCCGCACCAUGGCGGUCCGCACGGUCGGGAACGCGGGAGGCUACCCUCGCGUGAGGCGAGCGGGCCGGCCUUUUGCUCCUCCUCCUGCCAAGAGCCCCCCCCCUUCUUCUCGCCAUCCAACUUCCUUGAUCUCUGGCUUUUUGUUCCCUCUCGGGCGCGCUGCAUGUGUCAGAGGCCGGCGCGCCUUCUGGCGUGUCCCCGCGCUUUCCGCGGAAGGUGACACGGCGAAGGUCGCCACGCCGGCUGUUUUUCAGUGUUGACUAGUGCCCAUCGGCCGCGGUCGCUCUACCAUCUCGAGGGCUCCUGCUGCGGCCGCAGGCCUCCGAGGUCACGAACGGCGAACGUGACUGCUCGUGGGCGAGCAGCAUGUCUGAGACCGCGACCUCGCGGGCCGGGCCCCUGGGCCGCGACCC